GAAGAUCUGGACCAACAUGUCAAGUGACGACAAGCCCACCCCUGUCCGCGUCUGCGCAUCCUUUCAUGUGCGCAAGCCUGCGCUACCGGACUUUUGUGAGGCUGCUGGCCGCAUAGCUAUGCAAGCAGGACUCGACGAGCAGUGCCACGCUUUUCACGUGCAGCGGGAGAUCGGCUGGACGAGACAAAUUUCAACCCAGGCCCAGAGUCUCUUCAUGCUUCUGCAGGAAUGGGACUCACCUGAGGCUUUAGAGCAGCAUGUGAGGUCUCCUGAAGCCCUGCGCUUCGACCGAGACCUGAAGGAAGGAGAGAUGCUAGCCUGCGCACCAAUGCUGAGCCUCUUCGGGCCGGACCUGUCGGUGGCGGAUCUAAAGACCAUGGCUGCGGAGGCCCGAGCCAGUGGCUCUGAAAUUGAAGAGCCGCGAGCCACUGCACCAGAAGCAGAGGCCCUUCCGAAGUCGAGUCCUGGCAAAGGCUAUAGCCGAAGCCCUGCGAUGAGCGAAUACCGCACUGGGACAAAGGCCAUGAAAGCGCGGAGCAAUAGCAGGGCUGGCGCAUGGAAAUGAAGCUCUUGAAUUCCCCUGGCGCGUCGCCCAAUGUGGCCAUGGCGGCCAUGGCUGUGCGGAUUCCGUGUGUUUCACACCCGUUGCAUCACCGUUGAGAGCACAAUUUGGACUGGACAUGAAAA